CAACGAUUUAAAUAUUCAAUAAUAAAUUAACUUAAAACUUGUAAAACUGUAAAUAUCUAUAAAUGCGUUGAAUCAAAGUGGACAGCCCGGGUAAUAUCGAACCAAAAGCAGCGUGGCCUAGAGAUGGAACUAGAGGAUGUGAAAAUGGACAGGAGUCAUCUCCUGCGCGAGAUUGCCAGUCGGCCUGCCAUUUGGGACACUCGCAUUAACAUCGCCUUCCGCCGCGAUCAAAUCCGCUCCGAAUGGAACGACGUGGCCAGUGCGAUGCAGUGCAGCGUCGAUGUUUGCAAGCGCAAGUGGAAGGGUCUGCGGGGCAACUAUCGCAGCUUGCUGCGCCGCGUGGGCAAAUGCAAUUGGCAGUACUUCCACGAGAUGGAGUUCAUGCGGGGUGUCUUCGUGGAGCCGCAAAAAGGUGCGCAUGCGCAGGAGUUGCAACCGCAGGAGUUGCAGCCGCAGGAGUUGCAACCGCAGGAGUUGCAUCCGCAGGAGUUGCAACCGCAGGAGUUGCAGUCGCAGGAGGUGCAGGUGCCGGAGCAGAAGGUGCAGGUGCAGGAGGUGCCGGAGCAGAAGGGGCAGGCGCAGGAGGAGCAUGUGUCCCCGCAGAACCAUCCAACGAAUUCCGAAGGAGGUCUGGUUUUUGAGAUGAAGGAGACACUCUUCUAUGUACCGGAACAUGUAAGACCCGGACUCGAUCUCGACGAGGAGCUGGCCAUGCGAUGGGACUGGAAUCCAUGGAUGUGGCACCUAGACACCAAUCUAUUCCUGCCCCUGGAUCCAACUCUUUAUCCCACAGCGCCGAAGACGGUUUAUCGGAAAAUAAUCAGCACAUAUAGAAAGGCAAAUGGUCAAGUAGUCUUUUUGGUGAAGUAAUUUUUUGGCAAAUUGCACCACUUAUAUAUUUUAUAAUAAAUAACACGUUCUUAGAACAUG